AAAGCUGGAAGCCAAAAAAAAAAAAAUUCAGCCACGAAACUGCACCAUGCGCCUCCCCUGAGUAGGUUUGUAAUAAGCACCGGGAAGGUUUUUGUACAGAAAACGAUAUUAAAUCAUGACAAUCAUGCCUGACUAUCUUGGACCUCCCACGGAAUGAUCUUACUCCGUCUUCUCCGUUUUUCGCCAAUCUCCCGCCGCAGUUUCCCGUCUGUAAUGACGAUUCUCAACCACACAGAUGGACUAAGAAAUCCAGCUUGAAUGGAGGAGUAAAUUGGACAUAUUUCCUUUCUUUCCACUGGAGCCACCCUUUUUGAGAUGGCUUUUCACGGAUAACUGGAUUUUAAGUGAAGUUGAAUGAUGGCAUCACGUCGGGUCCAUCCUUCCGAGGAGGAUGAGAGGCAACAAACGAGAUCUUCCUUCUGUGAGAAUGAAUCCCCAGACUGGAGAAGCAUGGCAGACUCCGCCGCCGCGCACCCCCCGACUGAAGAGGAGCCGUUCUCUUGGCCGCGACCUAAAACCGUGCGUUUGCGGCGGACCUCCCAAGGGUUCGGCUUCACGCUGCGGCACUUCAUCGUGUACCCGCCCGAGUCGACCGCGCACUGCUUCCCGGCCAAUGAUGAAGAUCAUGUACUCGGAGCGAGGCAACGCAAUAAGCUUGAACCAAUGGACACUAUCUUUGUGAAGCAAGUCAAAGAAGGGGGCCCCGGUCACGGAGCAGGCCUUUGCACAGGUGAUCGAAUAGUGAAGGUGAAUGGAGCCAGCAUCAUUGGAAAAGCCUACUGUGAGGUCAUAUCUCUGAUCCAAGACAGUGGUGACUUUCUAGAACUUUGUGUGAUGCCAAAAGACGAGGACAUACUGCAACUGGCCUACUCCCAGGAUGCCUACCUACGUUGCCGAAGCAGCUACAGUGGAAACGCCUGUCACAUUCCAGAGCCGCCCCCAGUAUGCUACCCCAGAGUAGACUGUAAGCCUACGGGCAUGGCCCAGGCGACGGAUGCAGCGGGGCAGGUCAGCCGUGGGCCAGCAGCACCACCGGACCACGGGUACCGCAAGGAGAUCGCAGUGCCCCCAUCCCCUCCUCCACCUCAACCUUAUCUAAAAAGCCAGACAGCGGCGUGCAUGCGCAGCGACGGCGUGCGUACCGUGGUGGUUCCACCUGACUCCGCCCAAAUCGGGCGCAUGGGUCCGACACAUAGGAUGAAUUUCAUGGACCCCGUGUUUGUCAGAGGGAGGCCUGGGUCACUGGCCCAGUAUCCUCUCCCUCGGAAGGCUGAUGUCUAUCCCGGUGGCCCGGGAAUGGUCCACUAUGGAGGCACGACGCCUCACUACCCGGGCAACAAUCAAAACAUUGAUUGGCGCACUUACCAGACGUACAGGGAGUACAUCGACAACAAAGGCAUCCAUUCCCACGGUAGUCGGACUAUCCAGGAGAGACUUGACAAUUUGCGAGCGUCCAGUCAGGCCACCUUUGCCACUGGUUACCACAUUCCCCGGGGAGAAUGGGGCCCCACAGGGAUACGAAGGCGGAGCACCUCCCACGAACGGUCAUAUCAGGGACCUCCACCCCACUUUCAGAUCGCCCCGCGCAGUGCUUCACAGGACCGAAUGAGCGUUGCAGAGAGAAUGGGCCAUACCAGGAACUGGCCCCCACGGAGCGUGUCACAAGACGGCUUGAUGCACAAGGCGCGGGCCCACUCCACGGACUACGUCGAUCCUGCAGAGCUGGCCCGGCCCAAUGAGAGGAGAGCAGGGUACGGAAGGGCGGACCAAGGUACGAGGCCCAGCAGACAGUCGGUCCCCAGACACGCUGUACUGCACAGACCUGCUGCUGCAUACAGCGCUUCCCUUUACCCUAAAGGACCAGAUUCUCUUCAGAGCCGCUCCUCACCCAUGCUCUUGGACAGGCACUCGCAUUACGUAAAAAGCACAAGUGCGGACCGUUCUCUCACCAACCAAAGAGUUUCAGUCACAGGGAAACGUGGCGCCCACGCUAUCCAACAAGGCCAGAGCAGGAUCCAGGCCGUAGAGCCAGGUAGAGACACGGCACUGGUCGAACACAGGUCUUCUUCAUGCUCCACCCCUAAACACAUGCCCCAGAGGCCUAGCAUCCUCAAACCCUCUCACCCAGGUACCCAGAGUCAGGUUAACGGGCGAAGCCCCACGGAGAGCGGUGUCGUCCUAAGGGAGAAGCAGCCCCCAGGAAAGACCCCCAGCCCUCUGCGCCACCACUCCUACAUCCUCGCUGUGAACGACGAUGUCGGACCGGAUUCCACAGCAGACGUGGCAGCGUGCUGGCUGCCCAACGAUGCGCGUCGAGAGAUACGCAUGCGCCGCCUCGAGGAACAAUGUCACACCUCCUGCUCCAGCAACCUGGACGAGUCUCUGGACUCCAUUCCAUUCAUCGAUGAGCCAAUCAGCCCCAGUGUCGACAGGGAGGCCGCUCCUAUUCCCCCCUCAGCGGUGAUAUCUGUAGCCCCGUCCAUAGCUACAGGCCCACCCAGUCCAGGGUCACCGUGCCCUACCAUUCGCCGUCAGCUGUCACAUGACCAAGACUCCCUGAGGAGUGCUUUGCUGGAGUCUGAUGCGGCGAGCAAAACGGAGCGCUCCAAGUCUUACGACGAGGGUCUGGAUAACUACCAGGACGAUGAAAGGAGGAGAUCGUUCAGUAAGAAUAUGCCCAAUCUCAGGGGCCUGCGGAAGACUCUGGAUGGGCAUAAAUCUUCUGGUGAUUCUGGAUCUCGAAGGGAUUCUUCGUCGGAUGUCUUUGCCAAUUCUUCCAAAGAAGGGGUGCUCAAUUUAAGGCAACUUAGUACAGAUAAAAACAAGCGCGUUGGUGGAGGAAUGAGGUCGUGGAAACCGAUGUAUGCUGUUCUGCAAGGUCACACUCUAACCCUCUAUAAAGACAGGAAGGAUGCCGUGUCCCAUGCUUCCACGCCAUCCGACGAGGAGCCGCUGCAGAUCAGCAUCAAGGCCUGUCUGAUUGACAUUUCCUACAGCGACACAAGGCGCAAGAAUGUGCUGCGUCUCACCACCUCGGACUGCGAGUAUCUGUGCCAGGCAGAGGGCAGGGAAGACAUGCUGUCUUGGAUCAGAGUCAUUCAGGAAAACAGUAACCCAGAUGAGGAGAAUGCUACUGUAACAAGUCAGGACCUAAUCAGUCGAAAAAUCAAGGAAUACAACAUGAUGAGUACGCCCAGCAGCCGGUCCGAACCCUCCCCCAAAAGUUCCCGUCAGUCCCUGAGCAUCAAACAAGCCUUUCUGGGAGGUAAAACAGAAGGCAAGAGCCACAGCCCUCAUUCACCCAAAGUAGGAGAGGAUAGGAGGGCCCUGAGAGAUGACUCCAGCCCGCCACGGGACAGAGCUGCUUGGAAAAUCGGCAUUGCAGGGAUCAUGAGGAAGCCCUUUGAGAAAAAGACUCCAGCUGGGGUCACGUUCGGGGUGCGGCUUGAUGACUGCCCGCCCGCACAAUCCAACAGGUUUGUUCCUCUGAUCGUGGAGGUGUGCUGCAAGGUGGUGGAGGAGAGAGGCCUGGAGUACACGGGCAUCUACCGCGUGCCCGGGAACAACGCCGCCAUCUCCAGCAUGCAGGAGGAGCUCAACAGCAAAGGCAUGACCGACAUCGACAUCGAGGACGACAAAUGGCGGGACCUGAAUGUCAUCAGUAGUUUACUCAAGUCCUUUUUCCGGAAACUUCCAGAGCCGCUGUUUACAAAUGAAAAGUAUGGUGAUUUUAUUGAAGCCAGCAGAACAGAAGAUUCAGUGGAGAGAUUAAAGGAGCUCAAGAGGCUGAUUGAAGAAUUACCUGAUUAUCACUUUGAAACUCUGAAAUUCCUUUGCACUCACCUCAAGAAGGUUUCUGACAACUGUGAAAAGAACAAGAUGGAGCCUCGUAACCUGGCGAUUGUGUUUGGUCCUACGCUGGUCCGAACCUCUGAGGACAACAUGACCAACAUGGUCAAUCACAUGCCAGACCAGUGCAAGAUAGUUGAGAACCUCAUCCAGCAACAUGACUGGUUCUUCACUGACGACUGUGAUGAAGACCCUGUUACCACGGCUGAGCAGGAAAGCACUGUGCAUUCUCAGCCUGUGCCCAAUAUCGACCACCUGCUCUCCAACAUCGGGCGGACCACAGCUUCACCGGGCGAAGUCUCGGAUUCAGCAUGUAGUGACUCCUCCAAAUCAAAGCAGGGCUUGUGGGGGUCAGGGAAGGAUCAGUGUAGCAAAGAGAUGCUGCGCUCCUCUUUCUUCGCCAGCCGCAAACGCAAGAAGCCCAAAGACAAAGCACACCCGAGCAGCUCGGACGACGACCUGGACGCCGUGUUCCCCAAGAAGGAGCUCGCCGAGGAGAGCCAGCCGCGGCCCGCGUGGUCCCCGGACCACCGGACCCGAAACGAGGGGCAGACGGACAAAACCAGCGAGAAGGUCAAGCAGCGGGUCACCUCGGAGAAGCUGCCCGACAAACCCAAGAGGAAAGAGUCUCUCUCCUGCAGCAUGAUAUCGCAGCCCUCUCCCUGCCGGCCCCCAGCGCGCAUCUCCCCCCCCCCUCGGAGUGGCUCCCCCCCGCGCUCGCCCGCCCGCUCCCCGGACCUCAGCUACCGCCUGCCGAUGGCGCACCACUACUCGCCGUUGGACCCGCCGUCCAACUACGACGACACGGUGUCCGACCUCGGCACCAUGAACAGCACCAGCUCCCAGGCGUCGGUGCCCGGCGCGAGGCGGGGGAACGCGGCGGCGGCCGCACCGGGUCCAGACACCUGCCCCGGCGGGCCGGCAGCGGAGGUCUGCUCCAUCACCUCCGACUACUCCACCACCUCCUCCAUGACGUUCCUGACCGGAGCCGAACUCAGCACCCUCAGUCCCGAAGUGCAGUCGGUGGCGGAGAGCCGGGGCGGAGACGACGCCGACGACGAGCGGAGCGAGCUGGUCAGCGAGGGGCGGCCCAUGGAGACGGACAGCGAGAGCGACCUGUCCGUGUUCACCGUCGGCAGAGCGGACCAGCGAGAGCCGCAGGGGGCUCCUCGCCCGCUGCCCACCUACCGACUGAUCGAGGGCGACACCCUCUCCAGGAAGAAGGCGGCUCAACAGAAGACCGUCAGCGAGUCCUUCCUGGACGGGGCGUGGUGCGACAAAGACCCCAACAGGCUGUCGGGCGCCACGGGCGUCUCCACGGGCGUCUCCACGGGCAGCCUCAGCUCCUCGUCCCGCGGCGAGCUGGAUAACGCGGAGCACGCCUGGAAGCUCAAGAUCACCGACAGGCUGAAGGUGCGCCUGCGGACCUCCGUGGACGACAUGUUCGGCGUGGGCAGCCAGAGGAGCCGGUCCCCGGAGGGCCGCAGCAGCAAGAAGAAGAACAUCCGGCGCCGCCACACCAUGGGCGGCCAGAGGGACUUUGCCGAGCUGUCCGUCCUGGGCGACUGGUCGCAGCACGUGGGCUCGGCCUCCCGGUCGGAGCUGUCGGCCGUGGACCAGCUGAAGCCGAAGUGCAGCUCUCAGGACUUCUCCAUCCGGGACUGGAUCGUCCGCGAGCGCCACCGCACCAGCAACCCCGAGGUGAGCCUGGAACCCUGCGAACAGCAGGGGGCGCAGUGCGGCGCGCACGCCCACCACCUCGGGGCCUCGUCCUCCUCUGAACUCCGCCGGCGUUCAGCGGACGUGUUGAACGGAGACGCCCCCCAGGGGAAAAAUCUGAGCCUUUCGGCCACCGCUCACCCUCAUAAGCUCACUAAUUCCCAGGUGGUCAAUUCGCGCUUCUACCAGUGCCUGUGAGAGGCGUGUGUAUGUUCUUUGUCUGUGACAUGCGUACGAACCUGAGAGUGUGCAACAGUUUCUUUCUUUCUUUUCUGCCUUCUCGUAUCCAGGAGUCUGUCCGCGAAUGAGCAUGUUGUACAAAACCGCGUGUGUGGGUCCUGUAACUUGUGCGCGCGUGUUGUUCUGCACACAGGGGUUCGUAAGGCAUGAAACUAGAUGGUGUUUAUACCUUUUUUUAAUUUCUCAUUUUUUAUGACAAAUGACAUGGCGCAUUGUGCUGGAGUUUCAGAGGACUCGUCGCUCAUGAAGCAAUGAGCCUGUGAAGUGUGAGCGAGUGACACUCGAGUCGAGAUUGUUUCAAAGUUUUGGCUAAGUGGCUUUAAGGAUGAACUGACUUAGAAGGAAUAGGAAGUAGUAAAAAAAUGAUUUUAGUAUAGCAGACCUAUUUUUGUGUAAAGAAAGUUACAAAGUUCAAAGUCAGUGAGUCUCUCUGUAACCAAAUGAAGAAUGUACAGACGUGCUUGCUGUAACGCUGACUAAAAGCUUUAGAUGCUUGUGUUUCACUCUGCAGUCUACCCCCCCCCCCCGUUUUUUGGUGACCUCGAGUUGUGAUGUUGGUGCAGCCUGUGUGUGAACUGCCUACGAGCUGUCUGCUGUCGAAGGGGCCUUUCCAAAGGUACAAAGGGGACGAGGAGACACUGGAUUUAUGCAAUUAACUGAAAAAACGUUCUUUUUCAUCCCGGUUAUGUGGUUAAAGAGCAGUGAACAACAUCCCUCUAAUGCAAAGGUUGCGCUGUGGUUCACACAUCUGGCCGUGGCUGACCCCACACUGCAAAGAGGAAGAAAAAGAAAACUGGGGAUUCAAAUCAGAAAAUCAUGUUUUUCACAAUAGGAAGUGCCUCUCAAUGAAUUGUUAAGGGUGCCAUAUUGUCUUUGUUGAUACACGAAGAUGUUACUGUGAAUGAAAUUUUUAUUGUGGACUCUGUCAUUCUAGAGGUUACAAAACAAAAUGCCGAGCUUCCAUUCCUUAGGCAUUCCACUCUGGUCUUAACAUGUUUUAUACUUUUCUUUUUUUCUCCCAUUUUUCAUUUUAACAGAACUUGAAUUUUAAAUGUUUCUUGUAAAAAGAAGUAACUUAAAUGUAAAUACGAAUGCCAUGUUUUAGCUGCUUUACUUCUCAGUUCCAUUGGACUGAAAGAUGUGCAGUGCAGUAUUGUGAGACGAGGAUGCUGGUGAGGCCUGGUACUCCUCUGAGGACAGAGGUUCUGCGUGAGGAAACACUUGGAUGAGCUGGACCGUUGUACCAAUGCUGUGUUCCUCUGAUUGUUGGAGGGGUGCUCGCAGACUCCUGAAACACUGGAAAUAAAUUUUGUCGAUGGAAAAUGGG